AUGGAAAAUCAAACUUAUUCAUGACUUCUUUCGUUAGUUAACACAAGAAAAACCCCUUUAAGAAUUCUUGAAGCUGGCUUAUGCAGAGGUGACCUACUGCAAGAAUGAUAUGCCAACGAUAAAAGUGGGAUUGUAAUUACAAAAACAACAAAGACCCUAAACAAAACUUCGCAACUAUUAACUCACUUUUUAAACAUAAGGUGUCCAAUCUUAGAGGACUAUUCCCCAGAAAAAAUAAUUGCUUAUUUAUAUCAUCAAAAAGGAAGGAAAGUGCUAACUCCCCACUCCGUGAGUAAAAAUUGAUAAGUAAAAAUUAAUUUAAUUUUUAAAAUUAAUGUUUUUAAAAUGCAAGCUGUUUAAAAUUCAACAGAAUUAGAUAGAGAUUUCAUUAUAAUAAUGAUCACUUAUAUAUGAAAUAAUUUUUCAUAAAAAAUUUUUUUAUAUUCGCUCACGAAGGGUUGGUUUUUGGGCGAAAAAUAGGGAUUUUUCCAAUGGUUUUGUUCGCUCACGAAGGAGGGGAGAGUAAGAGCAAAAGAGGCAAUCAAUUUUUCCAAAAACCUCAUGUACGGUUUACAAAUGAGAAGCAUCCAUAUGGCUCUUCCUGAGACUUAUUCCAACGUGAUGAUAAAAGUGAAAGCCAAGAAUGAAAAUGGAGAGUUCAAGAAUGAGCUCUCAUAUAAAUCAUUUGAAAAAGAAAACGGCGACGCUGUCAAAGAUGAGUCCCUAUGCGAAAGAGCCCACGAAAUGACUCUGUUUAUUGCAGAAUAUAUAUACCGAUUUCAAAGUGAAAUUGUUGACCAGCUGAGAUAUGAUUUGUGUGUCGAUGGGUAUGGAUAUUAUUAUUUAAUUAGGCUUGAAAACCCUGUUUUUGCCAAAGAGCUUAGCAACAUUCCCAGGGUCAGGAAUAAAAACAGGACUAAUACCAUUUUUCUUGACCAGCCUCCAGACCCUGACGAAGAUGCUAGAAAUUUAGAAUCUGCAGUGCCAGAGUUUAUUCCCAUAGGAAAAGUUUCUGAUAGGAGAAAAUCUAGGGAAUCUCUGAAAUUCCGCUUUGAUUUUAAAUUCCACAGAGCACCUAACAGUCCAGUUUUUGUAAAAAUGAUUGCAAAAACAAUAGAAAAAUCUCACCAAAAAGCAAUUAUGAGAGAAAAACUAGAACAAAAGCGGAAAAUGCUAUACUCAGCAGAUGUCAGCAGAGUGGUUUCUCCAAAUAACGAGAGUAACCAGAAAUUUGAAUUUACCGACACUCCAAGGAACUUAAAUGAGCUAAUUGACGUGCUGGGUUCUGGACACCGCAAAAGUACUUCUGAUGUGCAUUUAGAGGAGUCAAAAAUAAUCAAAAUAUAUCAUUUUGUCGAAGCUCUGCUAAUUGUUUCUCUUUCGGCAAUAGUUGAUUAUGAGGUUCAGUUUUCAAGGAGAAUCCUAUCCUGUCUAUACAAAGCCCGAAAAUAAGCGGAUUCUGGUCCUAGGGAACGGAAGGAAUCGUAUUUUUACUGCUCUCCAACCCGAGGAGGGUUGACCUUUAGCUGGAAACAGUCAAGUCGAGUAUAGUAGCACUAAGUCAGGGCGACCUGUCGAAGCGGAAUGUUGGCGUUGGCAUCUUUCCAGUGGCUCCUUUUGAGGCCUCCUUCAAAAGUCCUUCCUGGCGAAACUAUGGAAACCCCAGAGCGGAGGCAGCGGUAGCAGGAGGCUUGCAACCACAUAGGAGACGUUAAACCAUAAGAUUUAAUAAGAUAGAGGAGUCAAACAACGAAGAGUACAAGACAAAACAAAGCUAUAAGGAUCACAUAAACUUCGAAAGAAGACCAUCUGAGCUUCACUUCGCAACAGCUUUAGCAACAAGGUUUUUUCAAUAUGAAAGAAAAACAAUGACGAAAAGCAUGGGGCACACAGCUAGCAAUAGCAAGAGGAAACCUCACAAAAAUCGAUUGUUUCAGAUUUAUAUGGGAGAAAGAGAGCAGGCACUGAGUACUAAAUAUUCAUCAGUCCCCAAUUCUCCAAAAUCUUGCGGCAAUAAAGCACACAACUUUGUGAGUUUUGCUUGAUAA